AUGGACAAGCAGAUAAAGGCACUUGCUUUAGCAGCAGGUAUUGCGACUGGACUCUCGUACUCUCUAUGGCUGGGAUACUGGUUGUUUGUCUCGCCACUUCGCAAGAUUCCUGGUCCAGUGAUUUAUGUCGCGCUGGGAUCCAUUGCACUGCAGUUGGAGAGGUUGCUUAGUGGCCAGCAACCCAUGGUUGUGAGGAGACGCAUGCAUGAAAAAUAUGGAGCUGUUGUAAGAAUUGGACCGAAUGAACUAUCUGUCGGCGAUCCAGCUAUUGCUCGCCAUGUACUCGUAGUUGAAGACUUUCCAAAAUCUGCUAGUGCUGCUGGACUCUUUGGACCAAUGCAUCCUGGUGCGAUCGUCUCGUUGAGGAACAAAGAGGAACAUCGCAAAGUUAGGAGGUUCAUGUCUCCUGCUUUCUCAAUCAAAGGAAUCGACAAACUAGAACCAAUAAUGCACCAAGCAUCCGAUGAGCUCGUCGCCAAAUUCGAACGCCUUGUCAAAGAAGGCAACGGUGAAGCCGAAGUGGAUAUAUGGCACGAAUUACAUUCAGUAGCUAUUGAGAAUAUCGGACGAUGUGCAUUUGGAAGAAAGUUUGAUGCUAUUGAGCAUUACUCGCCUUUUGCGACAUACUUGAGUGUUACUGCCAACGUACAGUGGUUUAGAGCUCUUUCGUGGAUGCCUAUGAAUCAAUAUUACCAAAAGAUGCAACAUUACUGUGAGAACUACAUGCAAGAAGUAGUCAACGAACGACGGGCUGUCGGUGAAGGAACAACUGCGGAUCUUUUGGAAUUGCUUGUGCAUGGAAAAGAUCCAGAAACUGGUGAAAAGUUGAAUGAUCGUCAAGUCAUGACUCAGAUCAUGAACUUCCUGACAGCAGGUGGAGACUCAACAGCUGGUGCAAUGUCAUUCACCGUGCUAUGUCUCAUAGAUGAUAAAGAAGCAAUGAAGAAAUAUGUCGAUGAAGUCAUGUCGUGUCCUGUUGAUCCAGAAACAGAUAGACUUGUUACAAGUCAUAUCAAGAGCUGCAAGUACAUUAACGCGGCUGUUAACGAGACGCUGAGGCUGUAUACUGGGAGGGAUUUUCAGAGAGCAGCACCUGAAGGCGCCGAUAGUAUCAUCGGUGGCUACACAAUCCCAGCAAACACAACCGUGAACGUAUCCCGCUACGCCCUCCACCGCCACACCCCCACAUGGGGCGACCCAGACAAGUUCAGACCUGAGCGAUUCAUUGACGAGGAGCGUGAAAGCCAAGACUUUUUCGCGUUCUCGCAAGGCUCACGCAACUGCAUCGGAAAACACUUUGCAAUCCUACUGAAUCGUAUCAUCGUGCCUGAACUGGUGCGUCGGUUUGAGUUUGAGGAUGUGGCGGGGCAGUCGAGGGAGGUUGGGCUGUUUGUGAAUAUUAUGAUUAAGACGCAUGCAUAUCGGGUGAGGAUUCGGAGGCGUCAGACACCAUAA